CGUGAGCAAGGCGGCCAAUGGGUGGCCGGUGCAGGUUUAACUAUGUUUAAUGUCAGAUAGCAAUAAAGUAGAAGCUGCCGGUCGGGCCCCGCGGAAAUGGGCGAGCAUAAUCUCCUGAAUCCUGGGUUUGUGGGGCCGCUGGUGAACAUCCACACUGGAGACACCUUCUACUUUCCCAACUUCCGCGCGUCCGGGGCGCAACUCCCCGGACUGCCUUCGCUGUCCUACCCACGUCGCGACAACGUGUGCUCGCUGCCCUGGCCAUCGGCUGAACCAUGCAAUGGCUACCCCCAGCCUUAUCUCGGCAGCCCCGUGUCGCUCAACCCUCCGUUCGGCCGCACGUGCGAGCUGGCGAGGGUGGAGGACAGCAAGGGUUACUACCGCGAGCCGUGCGCGGAGGGCGGCGGCGGCGGCGGGGGCAUGAAGCGUGAGGAGCGCGGGCGCGACCCGGGAGCCGGGCCCGGGGCAGCUCUGCUGCAGCUGGAGCCGUCGGGGCCGCCAGCGCUCGGCUUCAAGUACGACUACGCAGCUGGCGGCGGUGGUGGCGAAGGGGGCACCGGACCCCCACACGACCCACCAUCCUGUCAGUCACUGGAAUCCGACUCCAGUUCGUCCUUACUCAACGAAGGCAACAAGGGCACCGGCACGGGAGACCCUGGCAGUUUGGUAUCACCGCUGAACCCGGGCGGCGGGCUUUCGGCCAGCGGCGCGCCCUGGUACCCGAUCCACAGCCGCUCACGGAAGAAGCGCAAGCCUUAUUCGAAGUUGCAGCUGGCGGAGCUGGAGGGAGAGUUUCUGGUCAACGAGUUCAUCACACGCCAACGCCGGAGGGAACUCUCAGACCGCUUGAAUCUUAGUGACCAGCAGGUCAAGAUCUGGUUUCAGAACCGGAGAAUGAAAAAGAAAAGACUUCUACUGAGAGAGCAAGCUCUCUCCUUCUUUUAGAAGGCAGGACCCGGGCGUUAGCCCCAAACUGAGCCUGUCCUGGCAGAGAGCAAGGGGAUGGGGGGCAUUGCCUGGGACAUGAUCCCCAUUUAGAACGCCA